AUGACGGUGAAAAUUGAGACGGCGGUAGGUGACGACAUGCUUGAGCAAGCGAUCGAAGCCAUUACCAAGUCAGCCAAUACCGGCAAAGUGGGGGACGGCAAGAUCUUCGUGACAGCGUUGGAUGAAGUCGUUCGUAUUCGAACCGGGGAAACCGAUACGCUCUACUUCCUGGUCAUGGGCGUGCUUGUCAUGUUCAUGGCGCCCGGUUUUGCCAUGCUCGAAGCGGGCAUGGUGCGGGCUAAAAACACGUCCGAAAUCUUACUUAAAAACGUCGCUCUGUUUUCCAUUGCGUCCAUCAUGUACCUGUUGGUCGGUUACGCGAUCAUGUACGGCGAUGGCAGCGGUUGGAUGCCUGGCUUUGGCUUCCUGAUUGGUGCCGAAAACACCACGGAAGAAGUCCUUGCCUCAGGCGGUGACACCUACUAUUCAGCGCGUUCUGACUUCUUUUUCCAGGUUGUCUUUGUUGCAACCGCCAUGUCCAUUGUGUCUGGUGCCGUGGCUGAACGUAUGAAACUGUGGGCAUUUCUUGCCUUUGCAGUGGUUAUGACCGGCUUCAUCUAUCCUGUCCAGGGCUUCUGGAAAUGGGGUGGCGGUGGCCUCGACGAGCUGGGCUUCUUAGACUUUGCAGGCUCGGGUGUUGUUCAUAUGUGUGGUGCAGCAGCAGCGCUCGCGGGUGUUAUUCUGCUUGGCCCACGUCUGGGUAAAUAUGGUCCCAACGGGCAGAUUAACCCAAUUCAAGGUGCCAACAUGCCACUGGCCACGCUGGGUAUGUUUAUCCUCUGGUUUGGCUGGUUCGGUUUCAACGGUGGUUCUGAGCUUAUGGUCAGCAACGUUGAUGAAGCGAAUGCCGUGUCACAAGUAUUUGUGAACACCAAUACGGCAGCUGCAGGCGGCCUGGUUGCGGCGCUGAUUCUGGCGCGCAUCAUGUUUGGUAAAGCGGAUCUGACGAUGGCGCUCAACGGUGCGUUGGCAGGUCUGGUAUCGAUCACAGCAGAACCGCUUACCGGCUCUAACCUGGCUUCCCUGGGUAUAGGUGCUGUAGGUGGCGUGAUUGUUGUGCUGUCGAUUGUCAUGCUCGAUAAGCUGAAAAUCGAUGACCCUGUAGGCGCCAUCUCAGUCCACGGUACGUGUGGUAUCUGGGGUCUGUUGGCGGUCGUGAUCACCAACUCUGAUGCCACCAUUGGUGCGCAGUUGAUCGGUAUUGCAGUGAUCUUCGCCUGGACCUUUGGGGUCAGCUUGAUCGUCUGGUUGAUCAUCAAAGCCGUUAUGGGUAUCCGAAUCUCUGAAGAAGAGGAAUACAACGGCGCAGACAUUACUGAAACCGGUAUCGAAGCUUAUCCGGAGUUUUCCAAAGGCUGA